CCAGACUCCGUGCACACCUGCACCUUCAGCAGCUCCUUUUCCACUAGCCGCUUCAACGCCUGCUUCUCGUCGGGUUCCAGGUGGUCGCGGCCCGCGUGAGCCAAGAACCUCCGCCGCACGAUGGAGUGCGUGAGCGUGCUGCGGAGACAGGUGUCAAAACGGAGUCCCCGUCCCGCCCCUGCCCUUUCCAACCCCAACUCUAGCCUCUAGUGCACCUGAGGUCCGGGCGGCCUCGGAAAAAGCUACAGAUGAACUCCUGCAUCUCGUUCUCCCGCGCCAUUUUGCUCCACCUGGAAUUGGUGGCUCCCGCCUUUUUUUCUUCUCGGCCUCCGUCACCGCGUUUGACAGGAGCUUGCGCACUCCUACGGUCGUGGCGCCGUGAGGAGAGGGACCGUUGGGGGGUCGGUGGCUGGUCGCUUGGACCGAGAACCUUGCCAGACAAAACUUGCUUGCCCCAGGUAAUUGGAGAGUCUCGCGGCUCCUUCCUUUUCUUAGAAUCAAUCGUUUUUUAAAGUUCUCAUUAGAAACCGACUUGUCGCCUGUAGCCUUUGGGUGUAACGUAAUCAACCCGCGACACUGCUUCCGUCCGUGGUCACUGUUACUAAGUUAGGCCGCUGCGAUUUCGAAAGACAGAUGAAAAAGGAUAUCCUCGCCUGAAGACUAGGAGUCCCUGGGGGAAAGUCUUGUGGCUUGCGAUUUGCUAAGCACAACCAGAAUCGGCAAAGGUGCCUCCGGCGUCCGCCAUCUUUAUGACAUCAUCGCGUCGAUGCGACACCAUCUUCAGCGCAGCCCCUGGAAGCAACGUUCUUUUUCCGGUGUUCCUAGCAGGGCAGCCCCUGUGGUUAAGAUCCUUGGGCGCGGGGUACGCCGGGAGUUGUAGUCCCGGCGGACACAGCCUUACGGAGUCUCCGGAAGUGGAGGCGUGAGAGGCCGGGCUGUGCAGGCUCCGGGUAGCGGGACGCCCGACUCCUGCGGGGCACUGCUCCCGGAGCAGGUCAUGAACGGGCCGGCGGACGGCGAAGUGGACUACAAGAAAAAAUACCGGAACCUGAAGCGGAAGCUCAAGUUCCUCAUCUACGAACACGAGUGCUUCCAGGAGGAGCUGAGGAAGGCGCAGAGGAAGUUGCUGAAGGUGUCCCGGGAUAAGAGUUUCCUCCUAGACCGACUUCUGCAGUACGAGAACGUGGAUGAAGAUUCCUCUGACUCAGAUGCCACUGCAUCUUCAGAUAACAGCGAGACAGAGGGAACACCCAAGCUGUCGGACACGCCAGCCCCCAAGAGGAAGAGAAGCCCUCCGCUGGGGGGUGCCCCCUCCCCCUCCAGUCUCUCCCUGCCUCCUUCAACGGGGUUUCCCCUUCAGGCCUCCACGGCCCCCUCCCCGUACCUGAGCUCGCUGGCUUCCCCCCCCUACCCCCCAUUCCCUUCUGACUACCUGGCCCUGCAGCUGCCCGAGCCCAGCCCCCUGAGGCCCAAGCGGGAGAAACGGCCCCGCCUGCCCCGGAAACUCAAGAGAGCUCACUCUGGCUGCAGUGUGGAGGAGGAACUGGCUCUGGGAGAGGCUGAAGGCAGGGAGUCCAGUUAGGAGGCUGGUACCGUGGUAGCCCAGGUGAGCUGAGAGGAGGGCCUGGCCCAGGCCAGUGGCUGCGGGGAUCCCAAAGAGGGGCCCGUCCAAGGUUUAAGAGGUAGUAGCCUCACACGGCGGGGGGCGAAGACCUAGGACCCCCUCCACCUAACCAGUGAGUCCCAAAGUAGGAGGGAGAUGAGGCCAGUGCUGCCAAAUGGGGUCUGAGGUGCCCAGGGGCGGGCCGGCAGGCGCUGCAGGCUGCCUCUGACUGGCUCUAAGUGCUAUCACAGGGGCAGCCAAGGUGCAUCCCUGGAGAGGGCAGGGCCUGGCCUUCUCCUGGUUCCCGUAAGACUCCCACCACCACCACCACCACCACCACCACCACCACCACCACCCUCAUCACUGCCUCCAUCACUACCCCUCACCUGCAGGCACUUGCUGGGUUGAGACUCCAGGGGCUAAGGUGAGGCAGGCCCCCCCAAUUCCAGCACUGGCUGGCUCAGCUGUGUCCACUCCCCCGGCAUGAGCCUUUGCCCCCUCCUUGCCCCCAGAACUGCCUGCAGAGGCCCCACCAGCCUUCUGGAGGUCCAGUGCCUCCCUGACAAGCCCUCCCUGUGUUUCUUCCCCC